CCCCUCCAAAUCAAUGGAUUCAGGUGUUCCAAUCACCUCCAUAGCCACAGAUUUCAGGUGUUCCAAUCACCUCCAUGGACACAGGUGUAUAAACUCAAGCACCUAGGCAUGCAGACUGCUUCUACAAACAUUUGUGAAAGAAUGGGUCGCUCUCUGGAGCUCAGUGAAUUCAAGCAUGGUACCGUGAUAGGUUGUCACCUGUGCAAUAAGUCCAUCCGUGACAUUUUCUUGCUACUAAAUAUUCCACGGUCAACUGUUAGUGGUAUUAUAACAAAGUGGAAGCAACUGGGAACAACAGCAACUCAGCCACAAAGUGGUAGGCCACAUAAAAAGACAGAGAGGGGUCAGCUCAUGCUGAAGUGCACAGUGCGCAGGAGUCACCAACUGUCUGCAUAGUCAAUAGCUAAAGACCUCCAAACUUCAUAUGGCCUUCAGAUUAGCACAACAACAGUGCAGAGAGAGCUUCAUGGAAUGGGUUUCCAUGGCCGAGCAGCUGCAUCCAAG